CGAGGCUGCGAUGACCUUGACGACAACUGUUUUUUGCGCCAACUUCACUGCGAAACCUCCAGUGCAUGUACCCUGCUCGCACGGACCGAUCGGUCGACCUCACAUGGUUUUCACGAGUAAUUUUCGUUUCCCAUCAGGGAACUCUGGUCCGGAAGCACUCGCACAACGAUAGCACGUCCUGUCGAACGUCCCAGUCUCGCUCGGCGGUGAUGCAACGCAAGAAUGGUAUCCCCGGCAGUGAUCUGCGCAAAAUUCGCAUAAAGGCACUGUUUCCCUCGCUCUGAGAACACAUUAUUCCACCACCAUUACCACAACCACCGACGAGUAACAAAACAACACUCAACAACACCAAAACACUUUCUCAAUCAAUCAACAUGCACUUCACUCAGAUCACCGCCCUCGUGGCCCUUCUCUCCGCGUCCGCCAUGGGCGUGGCCCUGCCGGAAGAUGGCGGUGACGCACCCAAGGGACAAGCGCCUCACACCGGCAGCGACACCGGCCACAACAAUUGCGGUCCAUCCACCAUCAACCCGGCGACCGGCAACGGCCCAAAGCCCGAGUAUAACGACUGCCACACUCUCGCGCAGAACAUCGGCCGCGCGGACAAGUCCUACCGCAUCAGGGGUGACAAGGGACCACGUCAAAUCGGAUACUUCGGCACCUGCCAGUUCACCGCCACCGUGCAGAGGCCUCAGCAGGCCUGGCUUGGCUGUAACGAUGUCGAGGAUCUCAUUGGGAGCUCGCUGAAGCAGUGGGACCAGUUUCCGAAUGGCUGCGGGGGAACCAUUCUUACCGGCAAUGGUGGCGAGGUGCCUUGCGACAACGUCAAGGAUGGUGGGCCGGUCACCGUCUACUGGAGUCUGUCGUACUACCACCAGGGCAAUUGA